AUCAGCGUGCAGUACAGAGCUGUCAUAAACAGCUGCAGGACUUUUGCAGCGUUGUGUCGACAAAAACAGGAUAAACUCUGACAUAUUUACGUCGGAAAUACUUUAUUAGCCACUUAGCUAGUUAUGUAUUUUCGACAGAUUCUGCGGACACAGUUAAUCGGGACCAGAACGGCUCACUUCAACCGUUUGCAUCGUUUUUGUGGAGCCCAGGUAGCUGCUCUAAACAUAACUAGUCUUAUUCUCAUAUACAGUCUCUUUUCUUUAAGUGCAGCUGAGCAUGUUGACAACAACUGUCCUACCAGCUCUGGUGGUGGUGGGGAACCUGCAGUGCUCCACCACCAAGAGAGACCAAUGUGCACCAGAAGUGACGAGGUGAAGUUGGCAGAGGAGGCCAGCAAGAAGUAUGGCUCCCCAGCUCCAACCAUCUUCUCCAAAGUCAUUGACAAAAGCAUCCCUGCAGAUAUCAUUUAUGAAGAUGAGAAGUGUUUGGCAUUCAGGGAUAUCAGCCCACAGGCCCCAGUUCACUUCCUGGUUAUUCCAAGGGUUCCUAUUCCCAGAAUAAGUGAGGCCAAAGAUGAUGAUGCUGAGCUGUUAGGACAUCUGUUGGUUGUUGCCAAAAAUGUGGCGAAGCAGGAAUCUUUAAAAGAAGGAUACAGAGUGGUGAUCAACGACGGAAAGCACGGUGCUCAGUCAGUUUACCACCUUCACCUCCACGUCCUGGGAGGAAGACAGAUGUCGUGGCCACCAGGAUAAUGGUUUCAUAUGUCUGUUCGUCUUUUCUGUCUUUUCAGGCUACUUUCAUGUGUUUAAUCCCACGAGCAUGACAUGAUAUAUAUGACGGGUGUAGAUCAUAAUCUCUGUAAUCUGUACAAAAACUAACUUCACCACAUACAAACAUAUGACGUGUAAAUAUGUUGAUUUUGACAAAUGUAAAAAUGAAGACAUUAUGUUUGAUAUGGCUGCAAAUAAAGACAGUAUUUCUAAUAUGGAAAGCUGAAAACUCAA